AUGGGAGAGAAUUGGGAAAGUCUUCAACUACCAAUAGCCAAUGUUGAGAGAAUAAUGAAGAAGAUAGUUCCAGAAAAGGGAAAGAUUUCAAAAGAAGCCAAGAAGAGAAUGCAAGAAUGUGCGAAUGAGUUCAUUAACUUUGUCACAAGUGAAGCAGCACAAAGAUGUCAGAAUGAGAAUAGAAGAACUCUCAAUGGUGAUGAUAUCUAUUGGGCAUUUGAUUCUCUUGGCUUAGAUAAUUAUGCUGAGGCUUCUUCCAAGUACCUGCUUAAGUUCAGAGAAGCUGAGAGAAUCAAAGCUUCUGAUAAAGCUAUUAUUACUUUCCAAGAUCAACAUGCAGGAGAAGAGGAUCAAUGA